AUGCCCCCAUCUCCCCAGUCUCCCCGUCCCACCGCCGUCACGCCCCGUCUCCCCCCUGGUCUCCCCCCGUCUCGCCCCCCGUCUCGCCCCUAUCUCGCCGCUGUCUCACUCUCGUCUUACCCUCGUCUCCCCCCGUCUCCCCCCCGUCUUGCUGCCGUCUCACCGCCGUCCCACCCCCUUCCGCCCCCGUCUGCCCCCAUCUCCCCCUGUCUCACCGCCGUCCCGCCCCCAUCAUGCCCCCGUCCCGCCCCCGUCCCGCCCCCGUCCCGCCGGCCCGCCCUGACGGCCCCGUCCUGUGAGCAGGUGCUGCUGAAGCGGUGCGAAGCCGAGGCCACGCUCGUCGACGCGCUGCUGAAGAGGGCCGCCGAGAUCCAGCUGGGCCCCAAAACCCAGGCGGCGCUGCUGGAGCAGGCCCGGGCCCUGAGCCGGCAGCUGGAGGCGGUGGAGUCCGGGCUCAAGACGGAGGUUCAGGCUCUGGAGACCAUGAGGGACCGGUGGGACCGGUUCGGAGCAGCGUUCCAAGACUUUUCCUCCUGGAUCUCCGACAAAGAGAAGCAGCUGGAAGCCGUCCGGGCCUCCGGGUCUCCUCUGCAGGACCAGAUCAGCACCGUCAAGGCCGUGGGGGCGGAGCUUCAGGAUCGGGCGCAGGCGCUCUCUCGGCUGGAGGCGGACUCUCAGGCGCUGUCUCGGUUCGUGUCUUCGGGCGAAGCGGCCCGGAUCAGGGCCCGGCUCACCCAGGUGGGCCGGUUCUGGGAGGAGCUGAAGGAGAGUCUGCAGCAGCUGGAGGCACAGCUGGAGCAGAGCUCCGCCCACCAGCAGAGGUUCCAGACCAGCCUGGACCAGGUCCAAACGUCUCUGCGGGAGCUGCAGGCCCGGCUGGAGCAGCCGCUCACUUCCUGCACGUCGUCCUCAGAAACCUACAGGUGUCUCCAGGACCACAUGGACGUGGUCCAGGGUCUGGAGGUUCUGCGGGGAACCCUGCUGACGCUGGCGGGCGGAGCCCGGAGGCUCGGCGACAGAGACGAGGCGGAGAAGACGGUGUCUUCUCUGGACAGCAGCUACCAGCAGAACCUGCAGGACGCCCGGACCAAGCAGAACGUCCUGGAGAAGCUGCUGGGCGCCUGGCAGAGGUUCGAGACGCUGCGAUCCAAGAUGGCGUCGUGUUUGGAGCGGAGCGAGGCGGCCUCCAGACCGGAGAACCGGUGUCUGUCUGCGGACAGAAUCAAGCUCCGCAGCGAGAUCCAGGACCUGCAGGCGCUGCAGGCGGAGCUGCAGGACCUGGACCCGGUUCUGGAGCAGCUCCGGGCUCUGGGGGCGGAGCUUGUCUCCACCGCCGACCAGGAGACCCGGACCCGGCUCAGAGAGACGCUGGAAACCCUGCAGACCCGCCUGCAGGUCCAGAACCAGGACCUGCCUCAGAGGCUGCAGGACCUGCAGAACCAGGUCUCGCUGCUGGACCAGUUCCAGGCGGCGCUGCAGACCUUCUCCCAGUGGAGCCAGACGGUUCUGAGCGGCCUGCAGGAGGAACCGGCGCUGACCGGAGAGAACCUGCAGAACGUCAGAGCACAGGUCCAGGAGGCGCAGGCGGCGCUGGACGGGCAGGCGGGGGUCCGGCAGGCCCUGGUCCUGCAGGCGGAGAGUCUGACCCGGUUCUGCUCGGCGGAGGACGGCCGGCGGCUGAGCGGCGGGACGGAGGACGGGCUGCAGGCGUACCGGGACGCCCGGCGGCUGGCGGGGCUGCGGGCGGACGGCCUGGACCGGCUGGCGGUCUUCCUGCGGGCCCGCGGCGCCGCGGCCGGCGAGCUGCGCCGCCUGCGGGACGCCGUGGACGGCGCGGGCGCCGGCGCCUGGGACGGCGGCCGGGCGGAGGAGCUGCGGCGGCAGCUGGACGCCGUCGUCCCCGAAGUGUCCCGGCUGGAGGCCGAGGCCGUCCGGCUGGACGGGGACCUCUGCAAGAGCCACCUGCGCCUGGGGGACGGCGGCGGCGGCGGCGGCGCCACGUGCCGCGCGCUGGCGGACGGCCUCGGCGCCGAGCUGGACGGCGUCCGGAGCCUGCUGGGGACGCGGCAGGGCGAGGCGGAGGCGCUGGCGGCGCUCUGGACGUCCUUCGCUCACAGGAAGCAGCGGCUGCUGGAGGCGGUGGAGGACGUCCGGGACAAGGCGGACCGGCACGGCCUCGGGGAGCCGGGUCUGCACGCCCUGCAGCAGAGGCUGCGGUUCGUGGGCCAGCUGGAGGACGAGCUGCUGUCCCUCCGGCACGAGCAGCAGUGGCUCCGGGACAAGGCGGAGCUGCUGUCCCAGCGGGACGCCGGGCGGGGCGUCCAGGCCCUGAGGGACCUGGACCUGGUCCAGACCGCCUGGGAGGACACCAGCAGAGCCAUCGCCGAGAGGCAGCAGCAGUGCAGCCUGCUGGUUGAACUCCUGACGGAGUUCCAGGCCCUGAGGACCUCCGUCAGCUCCGUCCUCGCCGGCGCCGAGCCUCUGCUGGAGAUCGGGUCCGCUCUGAAGGACCACGAGGAAACCAAGAGGUCGCUGACCAAGCUGGAGGCGCUGAAGGUGGAGAUGGCCAGCCGGCAGCACCAGCUGGACCGGUUCUCCGGCGGGGGGAGGCAGCUGCUGGCCGAGCUGAAGAACAUCCCCGGCUGCGAGACGGAGACGCUGAGGACGGACACGGAGACGCUGGUGGACCAGUGGCUGGACGUCUCGGAGAAGGUGGAGGACAGGGUGGAGCGUCUGAACGUCAGCCUGUGUCUCUGGGAGGACGUCCGGCGUCUCGCCGACUCGGUGGAGACGUGGACCAGCAGCUGCACGGCGGAGCUGAGCGACCGACUCAACAACCUGGACGACAGCCGGGAGGCGGCGGCGCGGCUGGACGCCCUGCAGGCGGAGCUGGCGGAGCAGGAGCAGACUGUGGACGUCCUGCAGCAGAAGGUGUUGGACCUGAAGACGAGCAUCCAGAGCGCCGAGACUCCGGCUAAACUCCAGGUGUUGGAGGACGAGCUGCGGAAGAAGGUGGGCGGCGUGGAGAAGCUGCUGGACCAGACCAGGACCCGGCUCACGGACUUCAGCCGCCAGAGGAAACAGCUGGAGGACUACAUCUGCCAGAUGUCUGCCUGGCUCAGCGGCAUAGAGGACUCGCUGGUGUCGUCCCCGGCCGGAUCCGAUCCCGAAGACAUCUGCAGGGUGAAGGAGCUCCAGAAGGAGCUGCAGAACCAGCAGGGCAGCAUCGAGUCCACCAGAGAGACCCUGACCGCGCUGUGCAGGAAGUACCCGUCCCAGGAGCUGGCCGGUCUGGGCUCGGCGCUGACCCGCCUCGUCAAGACCUACGAGGCCGUCAACCAGCUGUGUGGACGGACGCUGGCGUCCCUCCAGGGCCGUCUCCAGCAGCACUUCAACGACCUGAUCCAGGAGUUCCGCCGCUGGCUCUCGGAGCAGAGGGACAUCGUCUCGGAGUGCUGGGACCGGUCGGGGGACGUGGCCGUGCUGGACCGGAAGCUGCAGAAGUUGAAGGGCGCCGCGGAGCGGGCGGAGGACGGCGAGGCGAGACUGUCCCGGGUGUCUCAGGAAGGACAGACACUGCUCCUCCACCUGCCGAAGGCCGGCGCGGCGGCGGCGCAGCAGCAGCUGUCCUCCGUCCAGCAGGACUGGGACGGCUUCCGGGACCAGUGCCGGCAGAACCAGCAGGUCCUGGAGGACAGCGCGUCCCUGCUGAGAGGGUUCCAGGGACGGCUGGACCGGCUGCGCCGCUGGGUGGAGCAGAUGGACAGGAGACUGACGGAGGAGCUGAUGGAGGUGGACGCGGAGACGUCCGUCCUGCAGCAGGUGGAGGACUUCCAGCAGGAGGCGCUGAAGGAGAGGGACUCGCUGGAGCGUCUCUGUCAGGAGGGACAGGCGCUGAGCGACGGCGGCCGUGGGGACGGCAGCGAGACGCGGGUGUCCUCUCAGCUGCAGGCGCAGCACCAGGCGCUGCUGCGCCGCGUCUCCGAGCGUCUCCGGAGCGUCCAGCUGGCGCUGCAGGACCGGCAGGUCUUCCAGGACACGCUGCAGUCCACCUGGACCUGGAUCCGGGACGUCCAGGACCGGCUGGCGUCCCUGGACUCCACGCAGGGGAGCAAGGACACGCUGGAGAAGAGGCUGGUCCUGGUCCAGGACGUCCUGCUGAUGAAGGGUGAGGCUGAGGUGAAGCUGAACGUGGCGGGGGGGAAGGGACAGCAGGUCCUGAAGCAGAGCCGGCCCGAGACCCGGGACCCGGACCCGGUCCGGGUCCAGCUGCAGAGCCUGCAGGACGCCUGGGGGACGCUGCUGAUGAGCGCCAUGAGCUGCCACAGCCGCCUGGAGUGGACGGUGACGCAGUGGACCGGCUUCCUGGAGGCCCGGGGCCAGCUGGAGCAGUGGAUGGAGGCGGUGGAGGCGGAGCCGGGCCCGGCGGGGGCGGGGCCGCCGGGCCUGAAGGAGAAGGCCGCCACGCUGGAGCGGCUCCGCGCCGUCCGGGCCGACGUGGACGCCCACGCCGCCGCGCUGGCCCGCCUGACGGAGCAGGCGGCCGAGCUGCACCGCAAGACCGGAGACCCCGCCUUCGGCCCCGACGCCCGGGACCGGCUCGCCGCCCGCUUCGCCGACGUCUCGGCCGUCGUCAAGCCACAUCUGAAGUGGACGAAGGGACAGAAGACCCAGGGGAACCACUGCAGACGCCGCCACCAGUUUGCCGAGAAGGUGGAGGUCGUGGAUUACGGUCAUCGGGACCCGGCCAUGAAGCGGAGGCCGGCGGCGGACCUGAAUGCGAUAACCCCGGGACAGUGUGCUAGCCCCAAGCUUCUGGAGUGUGGAGUGGGGGGGCAGAGACACAUGCUGGGGCCUCCGCUGCGGAAACCGUUCUGUGUUCCUGGCGACGAGUCUCUGGAAGAGGAUUCGGACCAGCAGAGUACCUCCGUGAAGACGAGGGUCGGGUGGAGGACAUGCAGAGCGCCGUGUCGGAGCACGAGCAGUACCUGGACGCCGUCAGGGACUUCAGCGACUGGCUGGCCUCCGCCCGCGAGGACCUGCAGCGCUGGUCCCACCUGUCCGGGGACGCCGAGUCCCUCAACAGGAACCUGUCCAAGGUGCAGGAGCUGCUGUCCUCGGCGUCCCGGGGCCGGGACCGGCUGGCCCGGGUGCGGCGGUGCGCGGCGGCGGUCCGGGACCGGGGACCGGACCGGCUCGGGGGGCUCGGAGGCGCUGGAGCGGGAGGAGGCGGCGCUGCUGUCGUCGUGGGAACAGUGGGAGGGCGGAGCCCGGCAGACCCGCUCCGCCCUGGAGGCGGAGCUGGCCCGGAUCGCCGCCUCGGAGCGGGAGCUGGGGGGCCUGGCGGCCCGGCUGGACCGGGACCUGCGGGACCUGGGGGGCCGGCUGGACGACUGCCGGCGCCGCCUGGACCGGGCCGAGGAGCCGGGCGACGGCGAGGAGGCGGCCGCCGCCUGGCGCGCCGCCAAGGACGUCCUGGAGGACCUGCUGAAGGCGGAACCGCUCUGCGACGGCCUGAAGACCCAGAUCAACGACCUGUGCCGGUUCUCCAGAGAGACCGGCUCCCAGUCCGAGCGUGUGUCUGCCCUCAUCAAGGACUACAACAGUCUGACUCUGCAGGCGUCCAGGUCUUGCCAGAACAAGGAGAAGGUUCUGGACCAGGGGUUCCGCUCGGCCUGCAGGGACUUCCAGCAGUGGCUGGUCCAGGCCCGGAUCCACACGGCCAAGUGCUUCGAGGUCCCGCAGACCCUGCAGGAGGCGUCCCAGAGCCUGGCCAGGCUCCAGGAGUUUUUAGGCGACAGAGAACCGGGACAGUCCAGGCUGAACCGUGUCCUGCAGGACGGCGAGACCCUGUCCAGCAUCGCGGCCCCGGACCAGGUGGAGGCGGUCCGCGUCAAGAUGUCCUCGGCCCGGGACGACUGGAAGACCCUGAUGUCCAACCUGCUCAGCCGGGAGGACGGCCUGCAGAACCUGCAGUCCCAGAUGAAGGACCUGGAGGCCUCCGCAGAGCCUCUCCAGGAGAACCUGAACUCCACCCAGCUGACGGUGCAGCAGAGCUCCACCCGCCUCCACGACCUGCCGGCCAAGAGGCAGGAGCUGCACAAGCUGCAGGAGAAGGCGUCCCGGAUCGAGCGGAUCGUGUCGGAGCACCAGCAGUUCUCCCAGGGCCUGCAGGACCUGCAGACCUGGGUCUCGGACACGGCCCACACCCUGCAGACCUACUGCGCCCCCACGGCGGACCGGGCGGUCCUGGACUGCAGGAUGGUCAAGCUGGAGGCGCUGCUGACGGCCCGGCAGGAGAAGGAGAUCCAGCUGAAGGUCCUGGUCACCAGGGGGGAGGCGGUCCAGAGGAACACCUCGGCCGAGGGGGUCCCGGCGGUCCAGAGGCAGAUCCAGGACCUGAAGGACUCCUGGGACGCCCUGCUGUCCGCCUCCAUCCACUGCAAGAGCCAGCUGGAGGGGUCCCAGUCCCGCUGGACCAGCUACCAGGACGACGUCCGGCACUUCCUGGCCUGGAUGGACCGGCUGGAGCCGAGUCUGGAGCCUUCAGACAGACCCUGUCCUGAGAUGAGGGACAAGACCGCCAACCUGAGCCGAGCCAAGCUGCUCCAGGAGGAGGUUCUGAGCCACGGUUCUCUGCUGGAGAACCUCAGUGUGAAGAGCGCCGGCAUGGCGGAGAACAGCGCCGCCUGCUGGAGCUGCAGGAGCUGCAGGAGCGCUACAGCGGCCUGAAGGAGACCGCCACGAGGGCGGUCUCUGCAGCCCAGGACCUGGUCCAGGCCCACCAGGCCUACCAGCAGGGCCUGCAGGGCCUGCAGGACUGGCUGGACGGGGAGCAGGAGACGCUGGGGGGGCUCCUGCAGCCGGAGGGGGACGUUGGACCGGCUGGAGCAGACGCUGCAGAAGCUGCAGGAGCUGCAGCGGCGUUGCACCGAGGGCCAGGCGCUGCUCAACGGCCUGCAGGAGGCCCGCGAGCCGCUGCUGCCCCGCGGCCCCCCCCACGCCGAGGACCGGCUCCUGGAGACCCUGCGGAGGGACUGGCGGCUCUACCGGGCCCGGCUGGCCGACGCCCGCGCCCUGCUCAACGGCACGCUGGCCAAGCUGCGGCAGGUGGAGCAGAGGUUCCAGCGCCUGGACGGCUGGCUGAAGAGCAUGGAGGCCAAGGUGGAGCGGAGGGGGGGCCGGCGCUCCGACCGCGGCACCAAGGAGGCCCAGCUGGCCCUGC